UGAGAACAUGGCAAGUGUGAUCACUAAAGGAUCCAAAGAAUCUCACACAACAAGUGCUACUGAUCAGAAGAUUGAGUCAAAGCUUAAUGUUCGUGACUUACAAGCUAUUUACGAGGCGUUUUCUUUGAAAGGAAACGGUUAUGACAAUAAAUUAAGACUGACAAAAGAACAAUUCGUUGAAGCUAUGAGUUUGCUGCUAAGUCGUGGCUCACGUCAAGAGUACAAGGAUUUGUUUGACAAAAUUGAUAUAACUUCAGAUGGUUUUGUUGACUGGGACAAAUUUGCAUCUCAUUUAUUACUUGAAUUUUAUGAAAGAGAUGACAGACAGAAGACUCUAAGCAUACCUCAAUGGAGAGAUAUGAAGUCAAUCAAAAGCCCCCACAAAGACAAUAUUCAGAAAAUCGUAUUUUUAAGAAACAUGUCGCGAUAUCUGUCCAUCAGCAGGGAAGGACUUGCUGCUCUUUGGGGAAUAGAUCUGAAACCACAUGGUACAGCUAAAGUUUCCACUGAAUCAUGUAGGCCAAGAGACACCUUCGUAACAGAUUUUGUUGUGAUGCCAAAUAUUAACAAAGUUGCUAUAGCCUUCACAAGCAAGGAGAUAGCAUUCUGUAACUUAAGUGUAAAAAUGGACUUAUUUUGUCCUAUAAAACUUUGCGGUAUCACUCACACACCUCUCUGCCUAGAUCACUGGCAUAAACCUGAAAACCCGAAUGAUGCUUUAUUAGCUUGGGGAGAUACCGGUGGUUACCUCAACGUUUUGUUCUGGACACAUGCGUCAAUGGCAUUAUUCGACAAGCCCACAAAUUUGUCCACAGAAAAGGAGGUAAUGUAUGUUCCUCAAUUAGAAGCUUUUAUUACAUGUGCAACAGUAUGGAAUAAUUCAAUGGUUAUUACUUGGCUGGAGAAGUUACCAUCAAAUGCUAGUAUAGCCAGAAAUCCAAAUGCAUUUUGUGAACCAAGAGUGGUAUCACGUCGUUCUGUGUUCACAGUACAUCAAGGCAUAAAUGACUUUGAUUUUCACGAGGGGAAUAAUCAAAUAGCAACAGCUGGAGUUAAUUAUCAUGUUUGUCUAUGGAAUCCUUAUGUUGUUUCUAAACCGAAUGGGUUACUUAGAGGACAUAUGGCCGCUGUGGUAGCUGUUCAAUUUCAUAUUUCACGGAGUCGUUUACUCAGCUUUUCAAGAGAUCGUGUUCUACGUAUAUGGGAUGUUCAGUUACAAGUAUGCUUACAAAAGAUGAAUAGUGUUUGUCCAAAAGGAUUAAGCGUUACAACACAUAUGUAUUUCCAUGAGGAUAGAUUACGCUUGUUUCUUAGUUUUAAUCAUACCUUAACAGUUAUGGAAAUGCGUAUCAAAGUACACGAUCGUAUUCUAAGCCAUGAAAAGCCAUUGAUUGGUAUCAUCUACAAUUCAGCAUUUAAUCAAAUUGUAUCUGCUGCUCAAAGUGGUACAAUAUCAUUUUGGUUAAUUGAAACAGGUCAACGAGUUAAAAGUAUCUCUCGUAGUCAUGGUGAAAGUGAAUUGACGUGUUUAGUACAAGAUCCAACUGAGACUAAAUUCUAUACUGGAAGCACUGAUGGUACAAUUAAGAUAUGGGAUAUGAAUGGUUAUUGUUAUCAUACACUAAUAUGCUAUGGUGGUUCACAUGCUGAAGUUGGGCAAAUUGUUAUCCUUAAACGAGCAAUUAUUGUAAUGGGGAAUUCAACACAUUUCACUGUAUUUCGUACAACUAAUUUCCGGGAUCAUUAUGUUUAUCCAUCUGAAUGGAAAGGUGGUCCAGAACAUUCAGAUGAUGUACUCAGUGGGACAGCAUUACCGCCGAAUGGUUUGAUUACUGGAUCGUAUGAUGGUGAAAUUGUUGUAUGGAAUACAAAUUCUGAAUUAGCGGCUAGACGUAUGACAGCACGUUGUAAAAAUUUUUCUGCUGAGUCACCAGAUUUUAUGUACAAUAUUUCCCGUCUUAUAUUAUUAUCUACACGUAAACAUAUUGGAUCAGGUAGUCAAAAAGGUGCAAAUCUAGUCUCAUGUGGAGGUAAUGGAAUUGUACGCUUUUGGAAUGCAUAUUCAUGCAUUCUGGUGGGUGAAUUCUUAGCUCAUGAAAACGCUAGUAGUAUUAUCAUGGCGAUUGAUAUUAAUGACGAGUAUUUAGCAACUGGUGAUGUUGAGGGUACAGUGAAAAUAUGGAAUAUUAAAGAUUAUUGUUUAAAUGAAGGUGAAAUGGAGGUGGAUUGUGCACCAGAUUUAAUAGGUAAAUGGAGUGCUCAUAUAGAUUUAAUUUCUGGUCUGUGUUUCUGCUCGCGUGUGGAACGUAGAACGCUUAUAGCUACAGCAUCAAGCGAUUGUUCAGUAAUUUUAUGGACCCUUGAAGGUAUGAAGAUAGGCAUAUUUGGACAAGAAAUUCGAUGGAAGCUGGAAAAUAUUCAACGAGAGAAUGCUUUACCAUCGAUAGCCAGUACAGAAAGUUGUCCAGAGGGUACAUCUGGCGACUUAAUAGCCGAUAUACCUGCACCAAUUGAUAGCUUAGAAAAUUUUCUAGAAACUUCUCGUAAAGAAUCAACAAGUCCUGAAUUCACAGUAGAAAUGUCAGGAGAGCUAGACGGUGAAAUGUCACUUGAAGAAAUGAAUAAAGCUUUAUCAAGUUUUCGUGUAAAUGCCUGGAAAAAUACUGUGCUAGGCAAAGUUUAUCAGGAAGUACGUUUGAGUAAACGCCAGCGUAAACAACCAGUACUUUUAACAGAAUUGUUUGAUACACACGCUGAAGGUGCAAGUCAAAAGAAUCAGGGACCGUAUUAUGCUUUACAUCUGAGUGAAUUGGAUCAAAUAACUGAUAUGGAACAACCAGAUUUUAUGUUUCAUCCAGAAAAUUAUUUCACAGAUAAAGAAGAAAUUGCAUCGAUUACAGUGAAUAAAAACAAUCCUGAAUCUCCUCAGCAAGCCUUAGAGGAGAAUAUAUCGAAUUUUCAAACGAACGCAUCUGGUGUAACAUCUGUUACAAGUCAUUUCAAUGAAGAAAGCUUAUUUCCAGAUUAUAUUAUAAAUUUUGAUAAACAAAUGCAGCUUGUUAAUAAAUUUGUAAAUACUCGCCAUUCUUUUCUUAAUCUGAAAAAGAAUAAAUCAUCUGACAAUCAUAAUAAUGCGAUGACGACUUGGGACAAGAGACAACAUUCAAAAUCCAAACAGAAAUACAAUCCCGUGCAUUUACCUCCAAUAAUUAAAAAGUAAACAAAGUUAUACCAGCAGCUCACUUAUCUAUCUCUAGCUUCUUUCUUUAUUUUAUUUUCUCUCUCAAAAUGUACAGUGCACACUUCCUAUUGCAUUAAAAAAAAGAAUACUGUACUUUAUAAUGACUAAUGUAUGUCUUAUCUUC